AUGGCGGUGGAAGGUCUUGCUGGCUCAAGAGAGGAGGCUUGCCUCUCCUCCAAGGCCGGACCCGGCGUUGCCUCUCCUCCGCUCCUUUUUUCUGAGCCUCCGGCAUCGUCGGCGUUGAGAGUCCCCUCUCCGACAACUCCUUUGUCCUUCAAAGAGGCUUUCCAGGGAUCCGUUGUUCCUCCAAAAGGUGAGGUGAUGGAAAUUCACCAAACCACUAAGAGUUGGUCAGAUCUCCGAGCGGCUAAGAUGCAGAUUCGAACUAGGAAGUCGACAGAGAUUCCUUCUUCUGUGAGGGUUAAGGUGGGGCAGCUUUCCUUCGAUAUCUCUAUUUUUUGUGAAGAUUCCCCUCUGACCUCUGAAGAUACCGACGGCAAGGGUACGCAAUUGUCACUAGAGCCUGACAAGGAAGACGGUAUUCUGGAUGCGGUAGUCUGUGGACUACAGAACCAAGAAGAUUGGAUGCCCCAAGCAUUCCACUCGUGUCAUCGUUCUGAAGGGCACGUGGCUCUGGCUUCGCAACACGUGUCCCAAAAUCACCUGAGUUCAACUAUACACACGCCUCUUCCCUCUCUCGCGUCGAUUGAGAAGACCUUUGAGAACAACCUAGAAGGCUCGGUAUAUAUGCCUGAUCUUUUGUUGAUAGAUUUGCAGCCGCCCGUCUUUAUGAGACAAAGUGAGGGUACCAUAUCCUGCAAGGGAGGACUCCGUGUGGUGGAGGCCAUCCAAUUCAAGAGCGUUCACAGUGUCUCUUGGUCUAUGCCCUCUUCUCUAGACAACCUAUUUUGCUGCUGGCAUGGGGAGUCAAGAGGUGCGUUAUGAAAAUGAAAGUGGCGGUGUAUCUUCUUUGUGGUUCUUUGGGCGGUGUGGGCUGAACGCAAUAAAUAUUGUUUUAGGAACCUCUGUUCUUCAGCGGUUGUCAUGUUCUCAAGGGUUUUGGUUUUAUGUAGGGAUUGGGCCCCUUAAGGCCAGGAUGAUUUUGUUUUGUUGGAGCGCGUCGAUAGUUUUUCUGUUUUCUUCCCUUUUCUCCUUUCUCCAGGUCUCCCCUGUUUCUUUUGUUGCUUUUUUGUUUUGCUUUUGUAACCUUGCCGUUUCGGCUCUUUAAUAAAUUUUCUUAUCUCUA